GUAAAGAUGGAGUUUACACAUUUAGGGCACAAGGUGGAAUUUAUUACUUAAUUGGAUCUUUGCUUCCGAUAGAUGGAAUACUGAAAUUUCUCCAAUUAUACAUUUAUAAUACUGAAUUUGAAACAGCUAAUAGACUUUAUGUUAUGCCUCAAUUUUGUAAUAACUCUAUAGAAUAUGCUGAACAUGAUAUAAUUGUACAAUUACAAUCUAAAGGUUUAAUAAGAAUUUCUGAAUUAAGAGGGUCAUAUGACCCAAUGCAAUAUUCAUUAUUUUUCCCUCAAGGUGAUUAUG